CACCUCCUCAAAGUCCCAUGUCUCCAUGGCAACAGCCAGCAGCGUUCCCGUGGCGGCGGUCCCCGGCAACACCUACUACCCUCCUCAGCCCACCUCCAGCCCGUCGCCGUCGCCCUCCUCCGCCUCCUCGCUGGAUCAGAGCUCGGGUCACGGCCCGUCCAUGUGCGUGUGCAGCUCCUGCGGUUGCCGUGGGAACUGUGGCGCCUAUGGGACGUUGCCGGGAUACGCGGCGGCCGGCUACCUGCAGCCGUUCUCGGCCGGGCCCUCCCUCUUCACCCUGGGGCCCCUGCUGCACCUCAGCCCCCUCAUCGCCUCGUCCAGCGCCGCCGCCGCCACCGGAGCGGCGCCCUUCUCCUAUCCCAUGAUGGUGCCGCCGCCGCUCUACCGCCACAGCCCCGUGUCACAUGACCAGCAGCAGGGCUUCGGCUUCUACCAGCCACACGGCAUCAUGGGAGGCCAGAAGCGGGCGGCCGGGAACCUGUCGUGUUAUAACUGCGGCGCCAACGGACACCGAGCGGAGGACUGCAAGCAGCCGCCGAUGGACUCCACACAGCAGGGAACCUUCCGGCUGAAGUUCACUCCUCACUCUGACAGUAAAGACUCAGGGGAUUAACCAGCGGUGGAUCUGAUCUGUCGAACUCCCGACACAACUGUACCUCACGAAGACGAGCUGCUUCAGAGACCGCAGAUUUGAAAGCACAGACGCCUUCCUGCUUCUUUUAGUGCAGCAGAAACACAGAGCUCAGAGGAGGAAGCAGAAGAAACGGUGCGUUUCUGCAGAUUUGCCCUCAGAUCUCCUCAGAUUCUAAAGAGAGCUGAACGUUUGGAAACUGGACCUACGGCGUUGUUUGACCGGAGAGGCUCGACAGCAGCUCACCUGCCAAACUAUGGAGCUUUUAAAGUCUUCUGGAUGCUUCAAACCAAAGGCGCAGCACUCCUCUGUCCAAAGAACUUCUCAGUCAAGUGUGUUUUUCGCUUGUUCCAGUCGAAUCGUGGCACUUAUUGUGGGCGCUUUAGUUACAGCACACAUACUCAGUUUGUGGUUUGGUUCGGUGUUAUCUCUGCUUGGUCUGGAUUUACUGGUGAACAGAGUUUCAAAGCACUUCUCUUCUGGUCAGGUUCUGGCUCGCUGUGUUUUUUACAGUUGGUUUGUCCACAAAAAGACUUUUAUCUCUGGUUUUUAAAAGAGAUUCUGAUGCAAGGGCUGCCCCACGUAGACCCGAACUGACAGUUUCAAAUUCAAUGAUUAUAAAGAAAUACUCUUUAGAGGUUAAAGAAGCAGCAGGAAAGUCCACAAUACCAAUUUUAUGGUAAAUAUAUCCACAGAAGUUUUAAAAUGGUUCUGUUAGCUCCCAUAAUUAGCAUGUCCAGGUGAUUCAAAAGCAACCUGAACAUAAAUACUUGUUAAAUUUGCUGCGGUCACGCCGGACGUUCAUCAACAACAUAUAAACGUGGAGUGAAUUUAUUCAGUUCCAUUCAUGCAAACGUCUCAUUUGUUUUAUCUCAUAUGCACCUUUUUUGUGUACAGGUGAACAAAAAGCACCUUUUUUUUUGCACAAAGCUGCAAAGUUGCACUUCUCAGCUACAGUUAAACAGAAAAGGCCUUGGCAGCCAAAUAAAUCAAGAAAUACAGAUUCAGUCUGUGAAUAAACACGCGCUUUGUGGAUAAAGCGUUUUAAUUGGUGCACAGACUGCAUAAACUGGAACUGGAGAUCAUAGAUUAAAGACAGCCCAGCUCCAACAGUGCCUGGGGAUGAAUCAAGACUGUAUACGAAGGAUGGGCAACGUUUUGUGCCCAUAUACAUAAAUAAAGGGUGGAUGUAGCGUCUGAAGUGCCUUAAACCUGCUUUC